AUGACCAGCGCUUGGCAUGGAAGGCUAACUAAUGCGCACGACGCAAGCUGUCCAUGCGAUUCCGCCGAGACCCUGCUCUGGAAUAGGAAUUGGUUUAGCAACGCGAUUGGAGUACCGCAUCUGGUGGUGGAAGCAUGCAUGAUUAUGGGACAAAAAGAGCUCGCUGAAGAUGUUGCGAAUUACUGCAUGUUCAUGUCAGGCCGUUCAUAUGAGGUCUUCGAUCUUCCCGUGAAGUUCAUGAUCGGCUCCAAUAUCUUGGACGUAUCGAAGAUUGGCAUCGACGCAGGACUUCUGUCUUCAAGUGAGACUCUUGUCGCUGAUGCCUAUAGUAAAAUCCAUCAGGAAAUCAUCAUCAAAAAUGUAGCCAAUAUCGAUGAGAUCAGGUCUGAUGGUAGUUUCGGUCUGAAAGUCGGGAAUCUAACGCACGCCAACGCUGGAAACCUCAAGGGAAAUCGUAUGAUUUAUAUUAACGAUUACAUGCCAUUCGGAUUCCAUCUGUCAAAUGGAGCCCUUUACACGUACCUGAAAGGCAACGACUACAAAGACAUCGCUGCAGCUUGGGAUUGGAACCUCAUACCGGGAAUCGCUGUCGAUUAUAAUGCGAUGGCGUUGAAUUGCUCGCACAAUCAGUUCCCUUCCACAACCAACGCACCAGUCUACUCUGUCAUUGACCAAAAGCACAAUUCUCUACGGCACAGCAAUGUUGGAUAUAUCCUCGAUCGCAAAAGCUCUAUCUCAUACAGUGUCAAGGAGAAAAGUGGGAAUUGGUCGUCUACCCAGCUUCCUACGGAUGUCACAUUAUUCUCUGCGCGACUACAUCAUAAUGUCCUGAACGCUUCUUUAUCGUACACCGCCUUUCCUGGUACAGACCUUGAUACCUUCCGUUCGAAAAGCCGCCAAUUCUCUCUGCAGUCCACUCAGAACGAUGCUCAGGUCUCAGCGAUCUAUGAUCACGCGCACGAAACUGUCUUUGUUGUGUUUUGGAAUGAUGCAGGUGGCUCCACAAACCUCAAUAUUACACACUUCAAGCACCCAGAUGCCGACAACCUAGUCAUUACCGUCAACGGGAACGUUGCGUUCAUUUAUGAUCAACGCACGAAUAACAUGAGUCUCCGGUCCCUCGUAGAUGCUUAG